AUGCAAAGGGCCUUUGUGUGUCUCCUGGAGCAGACGCAGCGCUACAGACCCGGUCUCAUCCUCAGCGCCUCGUAUGUGGAGAUAUACAAUGAGCAGGUGAGAGACCUGCUGACACCAGGGCCACCCAGGCCCCUGCCCGUGCGAUGGAGUAAAACCAGGGGCUUCUACAUUGAGAACCUGCUCAUGGUGGAGUUUGGGAGCCUGGAGGCCAUCAUGGACCUGCUGCAGGAAGGCACUCGAAGGCGGCGGAGCGCCGCGCAUGCACUGAAUGGGCACUCGAGCCGCAGCCAUGCCUUGCUGACCAUCCGCAUCCGCCGCAAGGCUAUGAGCCCAGACCCCAGCUCGCGCCGGCAAGGCGUGCUCUGCUUCGUGGACCUGGCUGGCAGCGAGAGGGUGAAGGACACCGGCUCAGCUGGGGAGCGCUUAGUGGAGGCCAGCAACAUCAACCGCAGUCUUCUGGCUCUGGGGCACUGCAUCUCUCUGCUGGUGGACCCCAGACGGAGGUGGAGUCACAUCCCGUACAGGGACAGCAAGCUCACUCGGCUGCUGGCCGAGUCCCUGGGCGGAUCCGGGAUCACACUCAUGGUUGCCUGCAUCUCGCCCUCCUUGCGCUGCCUCCCGGAGACACUGCGCACACUGCGCUUCGCUGGCAGGGCCAAGAAGGUCACCACCAAGCCUGUGGCACAAAGGGAUUUCCAGGAGAGUGUUUGCGAAGUUUUGGAGCAAGAAAUCCAGGCCCUGCGGGAGGAAAACCUCUCCCUGCGCCGCAGCUGUGGUCUGCCCAGGACUAUGGGGGGAGCCAGCCCCACAGCUCCCACGUGCGGCUGGAGCGGCGGGCAGGGCUGGAGGCACCUGGAGUCCCCCCCAGCCUUCAGCAGCUGGGGCCAGGCCCGAUGCUCCCCCGAAGCUGCCCCCGGCUCCUGCAGCAUCCAGGCCCUGCCCUGCCCCUGCCCUGCCCCCAGUGCAGCCCAGUGUGGCCACCUGCUUGUGGAACUGCUGCCAUGGGAGGGGCUCACUGCCCAGAGCAGUUCCAGGUUCCAGGGGCCCAGCCAGGGCAGCCCAUGGGAGGAUCCGACUCAGCCCUGGCCCCAGCAGCACGCUGUGGCUCCCUGGUUUCUCCAGGGGAAAAGGAGCCUGGGCCGAAGGAAGAGCUCUGCCGGCUCGUGUCUGCUCCUGAGAGACACCCAGCAGCAGGGCCCCAAGCCUCCCCCCAGCCUGGAGGGGCAGGUCAUGCCAUCAGCCCCUCUCCUGCCAGGCAGCAGCACAGGGCACCAAGCAGCAGGUGCUGACCCCGAGCUGCGGCUGGAGGAGGUGCUGGACUCACUGCAGGAGCAGCUCCAAUCCUAUAGCCUGCAGAACCAGGGCUCCAGCUGCACACGGGAUGCCCAGGAUUGA